GACAGUCAUCUAGAACGCCAAAACGGCAAUUUUCAUUUUUAAAGUGUUGUGCAACGAUUUCGGGAAAAAUUUCGCUAAGAAUAGUCUUCUAGAGUCCAGUAGACUAUAUUUCAAUUGUUGUUUUGCGUGGCAGAAUUUCAAGGACAGUGUCUACGGAUUUCGUCUUUUUCGAUUCGGCAACACCGCAACUAUUUGAAUGUGAUGAAUCCGUAACCGUUUAGCACAUUGUGUUUGUUUUUAAGUUAUUUUUUUAAAAUCUCUGUACAUUCCAUUCAUCGUGUCUUUUCAUCUUAAUAAUUCAGGUUCUAGAUAAAUAACUUUUCGUAUAACUGCGCCAGGAUGUCUUCUGGAAAUAUGCAACUUUAUGCAGAAGUUUCAUCUAUGAGAUUGUCGUAUUUGAGAGCCAGGGAUCCCAGUAUUAUAAAUUUCAAUGCGCCCCGAUUGCCUCUGCCUGUGAAUUUAGAGAACAGAUAUUCCGAUGAUGAUAAUAAUAAGAUUGACAAAGAAGCAGAAGAAGAAGAAGAAAGAUCAGAUCAUCUGAGUGUCUUCUUAAGGAUAAAGAAUGGAGUACCAUUCAAAGAUUUGUAUGAAAUUGAUGGAUGCAAUCUUGUCUGCAACUCACCAGAAGGAUCUUAUUCUACAAGGAACAUGAAAGUUGGUAAUCAGCUGAAGAAAAUAUACACAUUUACAAAAAUAUUUGGACCCGAGGAUAGACAAGUGGAUGUAUUCAAUUACAUGGUUAAGCCUAAAGUUUUGAGAUUUAUUAACGGACAAAAUAGCACCCUCUUCACAUAUGGAGUGUCAGGAUCAGGUAAGACCUUCACGAUCGUCGGGACAGCGGAUGAACCAGGAAUCAUACCAAGAGCUCUGGAGUACAUAUUCAGAACGAUAAAGGGCGUAGGAUUUAAAGACGAUAUUAAACCUUUACCAGCUCAGCAAGUACGUCAAAUGUCAAAAGAAGAAGUGCUCAAUGCCAGCAGAGACAAGGCAACUUUGCUAAAUGCUAGUUUUUUGGAUAAACACUUUCAUGCAGAGCAGUACAGGAAGAUGCAGCAGAGCCUCAUCGAUGAACCAGUUGCGCAUUUGGAAGUGGCUAGUGAUGUAUAUGUUAGCAUUUGGGUAUCUUUUGCUGAAAUUUAUAACGAGUAUAUCUACGAUCUCUUGCAACUUCCACAGAAAAAUAAGGAAAAGCCAAAGUUACGUUUAGGUUGUACGAAAUACGGUACCUACAUAAAACAGUUGACGUCCAUCAACGUGCAGAGUGGCGUCGAGGCCUACCAGAUCCUUCAGUUUGGCAUAAACAACUUGAAGUAUGCGUCGACGGCGUUGAACUGUCACUCCAGCCGUUCGCACAGUAUAUUCACUAUAAAGAUGGUGCAGUGGAAGAAAAACAGCGACGUCUGCAUCAGUACUAUCAAUUUUUGUGAUCUAGCGGGCAGCGAGAGGCUCAAGAAAACAGGAAACGUUGGCGAUCGAUUGAAGGAGUCGAAUAAUAUCAAUAUUUCUUUGCUGGUGCUUGGUCGAUGCAUAGAGAAUAUCCGCGCCGGCCAAAAGAUGAAUCAAAUGAAGAGCAAACCGAUCCCCUUCAGGGAAUCGAAACUGACGCGGCUCUUCCAGAAUGCCUUGAUGGGCUUUGAGGACAUGAACAUAAUAAUCAACAUCAAUCCUUCGUUGGGAAUGUUCGAUGAAUCGCAGCACGCGUUGAACUUUGCUGCGAUUGCCCAACAGAUAAUCAGCAUCGAGAAACCGAUACGGAUGGUGAGGAAUCGCUUCUCGGAGAUGUUGCAGAAACAGGACGGGCCUACGGCCGUCCAGCUACGGUCAGUUUCUGACGAGGAGUUUGACAGGAUACAAAAUGAACUCCAGCGUAUACAAGAUCAAAACAUCGAGUUACAGUUGCAAAUGAACCAGAUGCAAGCAGAACACUACGAGGAAAUCCAAUCGACUGUGGACGAGGCAACUGUUCGAUUCCGAAAUAUUUGGGAAAACAGAAUUAAACAAGUGAAGGAAAGGGCCGAAUACGAUCUACAAGCUCUAAGGCAACAGUAUGAAGAGAAAAUUCGGGAGAUGCAAGAGGAUGUCAUAGAAAUUAGCAGUGAUGAAGAACCUGAUGAGAGGGAUAAUAUGCUGAAAGACGCCGAAAAUUGCGUAAAAGACUUGCAAACUCAAGUGCGUCAGUUGCAAAAUGAAAACGAGCUACUUUGCAUUCGAAUUUUAGAGUUGGAAGAGAAAGAGGCCAAACUAGAGGAACAACUAUUAGCGUACCAUCAAACUUUGCCACUUCUUGCAGACACUGACAUUAGCAAUGAAAAUAGUGAAGAUGAGGGAGGAACAUACUAAUCGGGAUUGAUUUGUUGUAAUUGUUAAAUCUUAGUAAGUUGUUAUUAUUUAUGAUAUGUAUGUACCUUUUAUACCAGUGUUUUAUUAAUUUUAAUUAAAAGGAUGACGAUUAAA